AUGUGGUGGGGCACCCUGGGGUCUGUUCGGCCUUACCCAAAUUUCCGUCCCGAGAGAGAUGUUACAGUCCUUCAUACUGCACUGGAGAAGAAAGAUGUGAGCACCAUUGUGAGAUUAUUAACCAAUCGCAGUAAUGCUCAGAGACGAUCUCUUGCCCAGGUUUACAAGAAUUUCUCACAAAAGGAAUUGGAUGCAAGUCUGAAAAAGGUUCUUUCCGGUGAUCUGCAGUCUCUGAUACUUGAACUGAUGAUGAUACCAGAGCAGUUUGAGGCCCAUCGCUUACGCAAAGCCAUGGAGGGUGCUGGUACAGAUGAAGAAACUCUUUUAGAGAUGUUGUGCACAAGGAUGCCACAGCAGCUCUCUGACAUCAGGGCUGCAUAUAGUCAAGAGUAUAAGCGGGAUUUGGAGAAAGACUUGAUAAGUGAAACCAGUGGAGAUUUUUCAAAGCUCAUUGUGGCGUUGUUGAAGAAAGAGAAUGGGCCAGGAAUUAUUGACCAGGAUAUAGCAUCUUUAUCUGAGGAGCUGAAAAACAAGAAACCUGCAGCUGAUAUUUGGAUCAAAUUACUCACCACAAGAAACCCAGACCAUCUUAGAACUGUGCUGGAAGAACUGGAGUUUGAGAAAGGCCAGACAGUGGAGGACGCUUUAGAGGGACAUUUUAAAGGAGUCCUCUCUGGAGACCUCAAAAAGGGCUUAAAGACAUUAGUGCAAUGUAUACAGAACCAGUAUCUAUUCUUGGCACAACGGCUCCAAACUAUGAAAUCACCGGUGGUCCAGGGUGUGAUGGUGGCUCACAGUGAGGAGGAUCUAUUGAGAGUUAGAGUGGCAUACCUUCAGUCAACGGGAACAUCACUGUACACGGCCUUACAGAAGCAGUUUAAAGGUGAACUCCAGCAGGGUUUGUUGGCUAUAUGUCGUGCAGAAGAUUAGAAGAAGUGCUGUAUAUGAUACAAAUG